UCUUCAUUCAUUCUCUCCUUCAGAGUAACAAUUUGAUUUGUUUAACAAUUGUUUAAAAAACAUGAAGUAGGAUAGUUUAUAACUUAUCACGAACAUUUUAUUUUGCUGUUAUUUUUUGUCAAUAUUCAUCUAUAUACUAAAAUAUAUCCAUUGGACCUCAUAAGAAACAAGCAAUAUUAUGAUAAGAAAUUACUAAACAAGUGCAUAUCAGUUACAUUAGUAAGAUUAGAGUAAGAAAGUGCAAUAGAUCUGCGAACAGCAUUGUGUCCCAAAGUUAACAUGGAAGUGUCUCAUUCGUUGACACUAAAUGAAACAGCUCUGCAACAGUUGCCUGAUGAUAAGAAACCCCAUUUUAUUUUUGAAUGGCUUAGAUUUUUGGACAAAGUUCUUGUGGCAGCACAUAAGUCUGACAUCAAGGAUUGCCAGCAGAAGUUAGUGGCACAGUUGGUGAAUCUCUUGCGUGAGUCCCUUGGGGCUCCUGCUAGAAGGCUGCUGGCCAGGUGUCUGGCCACAUUGUUCUCUGUAGGAGACACAUUUCUCCUCUUUGACACUGUCAACAAAUGCAAUGAUAUUAUAAAAGUAAAGGAUGAUUCCCCAUCUUACCUGCCAACUAGAUUGGCUGCCAUCUGUUGCCUGGGCAGCAUGUAUGAGAAACUCGGCAGAAUGAUGGGCAGGUCAUAUGAAGAAACUGUGACUACUCUGGUCAGGUCCCUGAAGAGUGCAGAGUCCCAAACCAGGCUUGAGAUCAUGACAACCCUGGAAAAGAUCUGCGUAGGCAUGGGUACUGCUGCGCCGGCGGCGUUGCGCGAAGUGUCGCGCGCGGCGCGGGCGGCACUGCUGUCGGACCGCGCAGGGCCCGUGCGCGCCGCGGCCGCCCAUUGCUUGCGCCACAUGCUGCCGCUCAUGAGGCUCACGCCAGCUGAUCUUGACACUAUAGCCGCCGCUUGCCUACGAGCAGCGCACCCUAGCGACUACUCCCUCAGAUGUGCAGUUGCCGAGCUACUCGGGGCAUUGAUUGCAGCCUCGCAGGGGGAGGUGUCCACUCUGAACAACAAGAAUAAAAUUGGAGUUCCAGCUGUGCAACAAAAUAAAAAAGAACUGCCGAAAACCGUGGUAUCGCUAGACGAGGCUCUGAAUCUGUUGAUGGGAGCGUUUCUCCGAGGAGGCACAUCAUUCCUGAAGGGAGAGAUUAUCAAAUCCGGCUCCGGUGUCAACAGAGAAGUUCGCGUCUGCGUCACUCAUGUCUACGUAAUAUUCGUACAGAAUAUGGGAGGUGUAUGGCUGGAGCGCAACAUGAGCACAUUCCUUGCGCAUGUGUUAGACCUUGUCGCGAACCCGAAAGCCGCUAGUUCGCACGUUGACGCUGUGUAUUCCAGGAAAUGCAUUAACUACAUACUUCGCAACACGCUGGGUAAGAUGUUGGGGGAGAAAGCCCAAGCGUCCGCCUGCAGGGAGAUCAUCCAGAUCGUGGUCAAACAGAUGAACAGCAUUGACUUCAACCCCGAAAACGCCAAAGAUUGCAAUCAGGAGACGCUGUUCAGUCAGCAUUUGUUGGUGUGCGCGCUGACGGAGGCAGGCGAGCUGGCGCUGCAGCUGGGGACCUCUGUGCAGAACCUCGUGUCCGACACCUCGCUCAACAUGAUCGACGCUAUUUGCACGGUGUUGGAGCACCCUUGCGUGGCGGCUCGGCUCGCAGCCGCGUGGUGUAUCCGCUGCGUGUGCGUCGCACUGGCUUCGCAGAUCGCGCCACUCGUCGACAAGUGUUGCGACGCUCUCGACGCCAACAGGCCGACCCCGCACCAUAUCUCUGGAUAUUCGGCAGCCCUCGCCGCCAUUCUAGGCGCAGUGCGUCUGUCUCCGCUAGGCAUCCCCCACGGUCGUGGCAAGAUCGCCUUUAACGCCGCUGAGCAGCUGCUGCGGUCCGCCGGGCAAAGCAGCCGGCUGACUGCUGCGCGUACCAACGCUGGGUGGCUCAUUGUUGGCGCUAUCUGUACCUUGGGUGUGCCAGUUGUGAGAGGGUUGCUGCCAAGAAUGCUGUUGCUCUGGAGGAACAGCUUCCCGAGGUCAGCCAAGGAACUGGAGUCCGAGAAGGCGAGAGGCGACGCGUUCACAUGGCAGGUGACUCUGGAAGGACGAGCGGGCGCGUUGUCGGCUCUGCACAGCUUGUUGAUCCAUUGCCCAUCUCUAGUAAACAACGAGGAUACAGCCAAACGGCUGACGCAGCCCAUAGACGGAGCCAUUGCUGUUCUCACUAAUGUCGGCGGCGUAGUGCGUAACUACGGCGGUGCCCUGAAGGCGCCGUCGGCGUUGCUACGCCUGCGUCUGUACCAGGCGUGCGCGGCACUCGGUGGUGCGUACGCAGCGCCCGCCGCACCCUUAUUGCGACUGCUGUGCGCAGAACUUGCGGGAUCCGCCGACCCUAGCUCCGCUAAUGUUGCUACUGGAAUGUUGCGAAACGCUUUGCAUCCACGUGACGCCAUCCUUCUGGGUGAAGAAAGUUGGAUCUACGACACCGAUCAUGCCGAGAUCGAAGAACAGUUGAUAUCGCCUUUGAGUGCAAGUGGGUCGAGCGCGCUGGAGCACGACCCGUGCUGCCUUUACCGCAGCCUGCCGGGCGCGCAGCCCCUGGGCGUCGCCGUCAUCGACGCAGCCGUCAUGCUCUUCCCGCAGAUAUUCGCCAGGGCUGCUAACAAACAUAGUGCCGACGAUUCGAAAAGGGUUCAACAUUCUUCACUACCACAAAUGCAAUUCUCGCAACAACAAAUGCUGGAGCACUUCACGGAGUGCAUCAAGAUGUCGAAGGGUCAGAGGCAGGAGGCUAUCCAGAUUAACGUGUACACUGCUCUGUUGUUGGCUCUGCGUACCCUCGCAGAGUUCAAGAGCGCAUUAGGACAAGAAGCCGUUAAGACUGCCGCGACUGAACUCAUAGUUGCGGGUCUAUCAUCGAACAGCGUGGCAGUACGCGCGGCGGCUGCAUCAUGCGCCGGGCGUCUGUGUGGUUGCAUCACGGAGGCCGAUAGUCAAUCACUGAGCGAGCGGGUCAUUGCCCUCGCCAGAUCAUCUGUUAAUCGGCCGGUGCGCGCUGCUGCCGCCGCUGCUGUAGGCGCUGUACAACGUGCUAGAGGCGCCGCGUCAAGCGCCGCAGCGCUGCCAGUGCUCAGGGCGCUGGCGCAGGAUAGAGGCGCUACUGAAGUUCAGGUGUGGUCCCUCCACGCGCUAUCAGUGCUAGUGGACGCGUCAGGGCCGAUGUUCCGCGGUCACGUUGAGUCCACUCUGAGCCUAGCAUUGAAACUGCUGUUCAGCUCGCCGCCGUUCUUGGAAGACCUGCACAGAAGUAUCGGUCGACUGUUGUCUGCUCUCAUUACUGUUGUUGGCCCGGAACUACAAGCAAUGGGCGGCGGCGCAGUGACACGGUUCGUUUGCGCUUGCGCGGCGCUACUGGAGUGCGGUGGCGGCGCGCGUGCUGAAGCCAUCGGCUGUCUUCAACAACUGCAGAUGUUUGCGCCCAGGCACAUUAACCUCGCCACUCUAGUCCCACAGCUUUGUCGCGACUUAUCGAACUCUGAGCUAGCAGUACGUCGCGCGGCCCUGUGUUGCCUCCGCCAACUGUCGCAGAAGGAGGCAUCCGAAGUUUGCCGCUACGCACUACUAGCUAAGGAUCAUGUUCCGGCCAAACCAUAUUGUGGUGUAGUAAUCUCAGACAUGGGACUCCCGGGCGCGUUGUUCGCCUACCUGGACACGGAGCGUGACGAAACUGCGCUUUCGUACGCUCGAGACACGCUCACCUGCUGCCUGCUUGCCGCCGCCUCCACGCACUCGCUCAAAGAUUGGCUCGCGCUCGCCAAACGAGUGCUCACUAUUAGACUUGAGGAAACAACAAACGGCGAGCCGGACUUCGACGUGGAAGGUGACGACGAUCAAGCGGAGUUCCACGCUGAGGCCGAGGACACCCACCCCGCGGUGCAGUCGCGCUGGCCCACCCGGGUAUUCGCCAUGGAGUGCAUCCAGAAGAUCAUGGGUGCUUGUGAAGCCAGUGGCGAUCCCGCGCACUUCGAUCUCGUUAAGGCUAAAGCGAAGCUGAACACCGACCCUAAUGGAGAUUACCUAUCAUUCUAUCUGUCGGACCUCGUCCGUAUGGCGUUCGUGGGCGCGACUGGCGAGUCCGACGCCCUGCGGCUGUGUGGCCUGCGGACACUGCAGAUGAUCAUACAACAGUACGCGCGAGCGCCUGAGCCCGACUUCCCUGGACAUCUACUGCUAGAGCAAUACCAAGCACAGGUUGGCGCAGCAGUAAGGCCCGCCUUCUCCGGAGACACUGCGUCUCAUGUGACGGCCGCCGCUUGUGACGUGUGCUCGGCGUGGAUCGCUCGCGGAGUGGCCAGGGACAUCAAUGACUUGAAGAGGGUGCACCAACUGUUGGUGUCGAGCUUGGACAAGUUGAAUACUCGAGGGAACACCACACUGAUCUACAACGAGAGCAUGGCUACCUUGGAGAAACUAUCCAUCUUGAAGGCUUGGGCUGAGGUAUACAUAGUAGCCAUGGUAAGCAAUAGUAGCGCGCCGGGGAGCUACGUGAAGCAGCUGGACAGCAAGCCGUUCAACAACCGCGCAGAGCUCGCGCGGUGGCGCAACGAAAUGCUUCACAACAACAGCCAGAUUGACAUCCAAGACAACGAAGAAGACGACGAAUAUGGAGAAUUUGAGUCUAAGGGAGAAAGUUUGCUCAAACUCGUCGAGCCAGAACUAGAGAGUCUUGGGGAAAAUUGGAUCGCUGCCCUGAAAGACCAUGCGCUAUUGAGUUUGCCACCAGAAUUCGCGUCUCAACUACCGCACGGUGGCGGCGCGUUCUACUCCGCGGAGACUACUGACGCUUCUCGCGCGCACUAUGCGGAGGCCUGGCCUUCCCUCCUGUAUGCAGCCUGUCUGCGGUUCAACGCCAAUAUUCACGCCGAACCCAGCGAUAAUACCGAAGCACCUGAAGUAGUUGACAACCGGACUACGAAAAUGGAAAACGGAAACUGCGAGUUCUUUGAACCUGUCGACGAGAGAUUCCACUUGCUGUUUGGUAUUUGCAUGGAAGCGCUAUGUGCUCAGCGUGAUAUUAGUGUGGAAAACACUGUAUUCGUACUCUUAUCCCUGGUAACAUUGCUUGACUCCACGGAGAAUAGAGCUAGGCUUCUCAAAGAUAGGACUUUGGCGAUAGAGUUAUGUCAGAUCAUGCAUCGCACUGGGCUGACGCAAGAGAGCAUUGAGGCGUUAUUGCUGGCCGCCGAUGUCCUCAAACUGAUCAUAGUGGGAGCCAGGGAGCAACUGCAAGCUAACAUGCAGGCUAAGAUCAAAGAACUAGCGCCAAAUGAAGCGACCGUCGGCCCGAUACCGCAAUCAGUUAGAGAAGUGGUGCACACUCUAGGCGAGGGCGGGCCUACUGGUGAUUUGCCUCCAGGCAAAUCUCUCGUGUUCGCUUGCCUCGAGGUCUGUCUGUGCCUUCUCGUUCGUCGCCUGCCGCCGCUCAGCCCCCUCAAACAGGAGGGCACGGUAGGCGUCAUCGGAGUUCCCAAGGGCCUCGGCGUUCAUGGAGACACGUUGCUUAUCAAAAGCCUGUUCGCCAUGUCGGAGCUGCCGUCACUUACUAGUCCCCAAGGUGCCUUAUCUUUACUGCCAACAAUUCUAUACCUCGCUACCGAAGUGCUAAAGGAAUGUAAGGGAGAGCCGACACUCGCUGAGGCGGGAGUUUUGUUACUGCAGCGCGCCGCCGAAUGCAAGGUGAUGGAGGUGCACGAACACACGCGCAAACAACACGCCGAGCUGUUGCAGAGCGCGCUCGCCAAACUUGUCGAGAGAGUGAAGAGUGAUGAGCCAGACCAACGCAUCGACCCGGUGGUAGGAGCUCGCGGCAUGGCAGUGGUGCUGAACCGGGCCGCGCCCGCCGCGCCGCUUCACUACCCCUGCAUCAAUCACUUCCGACAAUGUCUCGAGACACGCGACAACGAGGUGUUCGCCUCAUGCUGCUCAGUGUUACGCAGCGUGUGGUCUACCUCGGCGUCGCCGGAGAUAGUCUCGUGGUGGGCGCGGGCGCUCGCUGGUCGCGUGGUGGGUCGUGCCGCCGCGGCGGGUCGCCCCGUCGAUAUGGCCCAUACUAAGGCGGCUAUUGCAGCCCUGACUGCCCUCGAUGAGCUCGUCAAUGCUGCUCCUGAGCCUGCACGUAUUCAGAUGUUACGGAUGUUAGUGCCGAUCGUAAUUUCUUACUUACGCGAGAGCAGCGACUUGUCCCGUGCGCCGGCGCAUGUGCGCGCGCUUCAUGAGUUCGCGCUGCAAUGGCUCACCAGAGUCGGGCCUAAACAUCCACAGGAGUUCAAAACAAUGAUGCAGCAGUCAUGUGAGCUUCGCAGCAAGCUGGAGAAUGCCCUGAAAGCGAGUCAGGCAAGCAGCAGGCCCGCGCGGCCUGCUCACCCGCGCCCCGUCUUUGACGCGCGCCCCGCCAAGCCAACCAUCCAGCUGAAGACUGACUUCAGCGACUUCAGGUGAAUAAUCCACAUCCACAACGCAACAAGCUACGUAAUCUGACCUGGGGGGUUAAAAUGACCACAUCGAUGCAACUCAUCUAAGAAAGCAAUGUUGCAAAUUUUCAAUGUGGCCAUUUUAGCCCCCCAGAAAUAUUUCCCCCACGAGUAAUAUACAAACACAUUUUCAAAAGUGUUUGGAUAAUGCAUGGAAUAUAGAAAAUGCGAUUAGAGAUCGAAACUAGUGUCUAUCGAUAGUUGAAAUAAAAUAAUAGUAUCGAUAGGCUGUAGAUAGUAACGAUAGUUUUAAUAAUAUCGAUAACGGAAGGGAGUAGACAUACGCAGGCGGUCCCCUCUGCUAACCUCUAUAUUCCCAGGACAGGUAAUUCUAUAAAAAAAGUAGCUGCAGUCAGCAUGCGCACUAAACUGAAUCUAGGUGCGUAGCUGAAACGACGUCCUUGAAAAAUGCCUAAUUAUUCGAUAUUUUGGUGCAAAAAGGGAUCUGGCUAGUCAAAUUUAGAAAAGAUGGCGUUGGCUUUAUAUUUUAGUAAUUUUAUAUUACAUUAUUACCGUUUAAAUCUCGUAAAACCUGAAAAUAAAUUAUAACUUUCCUGUUGGUUACGGAUUUGUUGAUCAACAUGCUUCAUACAUUAUGCGGAUCAGACCUGGACAAUGGAUGCCAAUUACAAUUCCUUCCUUCCACUGGGGUCGAAUGAUGCAGAUGCUCAAGGCAACUUUGAAUAUAGAGUCGUAGCUAAAAGUUGAUGCAAAAUAUCGUACUUCUGGCGAAUAUUUUAACGUACUAAACUUGCCACUUUUCCUUGUACCUGUCAGUUCAUCAAUAAUAUUUACGACACGCCAUUAUUAACUAUCUUUUUUAUCUUAUUUUCAACUGAACGAUUUUUUGAAUUUAUCGAAAGUCAGUUUAUCGUCAAUUGGUACAACCACAAUGUGACGUUUCACACCUUUCCGCACCGCGAAAAGUGGUAGAAAAUGUUGUAUUGGCAACUAACGCUAUGGCUACUCCCCUCCGGUCCGCGGCCGGUGAGCAGUUCUACCGAUAAUUUGCUGUGUGACGACGGUAUCGAUAUAACUGAGCUAUUGAUACUAUCGAUAGUAUAAAUGAUUUCAUCCAGUAGGGCUAACAUGCGCCACGUGAUAAAAUUUUGUCACGGUCAUUUUGUCGAUUAUUGCUAAUAUGUGAACAACCCAAAUAAGUUUGUCGUUCUAUCAAAAUACGAUCAAAAUCACUUGGCACACAUGUUAGGGGGAAAAGCAAACUUAUUGAUUCCGACAAAAUUUAUUGAAUUUUAUCUCGUUGCGCAUGGUUAGCCCGGCUGGUCAACUAUCGAUAAUCAAUCUAUAUGUUUUUUCGAAGGGCAAGACAAAGGGAACUAUGCCCAUACAGCCAUGAUAGUAAAAUUAUCAUAACUUCGGCAACGCUAAUCGAAACUGUCAACAAACAUGAAAAGUAAAUCACGUGAAGUAAACACAGUGACAGUUGUUUUCAUUGUGACUUUAUGUCGAUUAUAAUUGUUUUUUUCUUCAUUUUUUAAUGAGGAACUUUCCAGGCUACAUUCCCAAAAAAAAUAUAGAUGGCACUGUUCAGAUUUAACGUGAUAUUUACCUAUUUUCUCAUUGCUCUGGGUACAUAAUUAUUCAAAAAAACAAUGAUAUGGCAGAUGCAUACAUAAAUAUAAUUACUGCUUGAUAUUUGAAUCAGAUAUGUACAUAAUUCUGAUCUACCGAUUACUUUGAUCAAAUUAAUAGUAGGUGGAAGAUGUGUUGUGCCUGGGUGUAAUAACAAGGGUCAUUAUUUAUAACCCAAAAACAAAGACAAAAGAUGCAUAUGUCUGUUAUCCAUGAAAUUAGAAGGUUAAACGAAGGAAAUCAGUACAGCGCCAUCUAUUGUUCUGGGAUCGUGGCUUGGGAAGUCCUUCAUUGCAAAAUCUAGUGUAACGUGGUGAAAUAACCGCGACGUGAAAUUCGGACUGGGCUGGGGACCCAGUCAAUCCCAAAUGUUGUAUAUAUGAGCCACCAUUAUAUGUUACUGUAAACGCCAUAACAUGAUAAACCACAAGACUUAACAGUCUAAGAAUUAGCUAAUGGCGGUCAAGCUAUUAUGGCGAUACGAUGCAGAAAACUGCGUGAUAUUUUAUUGUAAACUGCCCAGAAAUUGUUCUGCAUUGCGUAGGUGGUCUCCUUUUGUACGCCAAAAUAAAUAAAAAUGAACAGCGUAGUACUACUGGGUUCGAUUAGAGUAAUAAAAUAGAUUACUAUAUUAACUAGAUAGAUUAGAACAGAUUAGUUCUUCGUUUCACAUAUUGCCUUAUUAUGGACGGAGAUGGAUCGAUGUGUGGAGGAAAUAUUUAGGCGCUAGCGACAUCGAUCUGCUUUCAACACGUUUAUCUACGAGUUUAUUAGUUUGUAUCGAACUAGAAUGAUUUACUCGUUGAUAUAUCAACGUAUUUCACUGUUCAGGCUUUUACAGUAGCAUAAUAUACACAGUUUUAUAUAUUCAUUGAUUACACAAUAAACUUAACUAAACUAGACUUGUUACACACAUUUAUAGAGAAUAUUAGAUUUAGCAGAUAUAACAAUUUAAAAUAUAUUUACACGUUUAUUAUAGAUUUAGAGCAUAGAUCGCUAUAAUGUUAUAUUUCAUU